CACCCGGAAGUUAUGUUCAUUCAUUCUACCGGUUUCUUCUAAGUUGUAGCGCAUCCGAUGGUAGCACUCUCUCCUGGACGCACGGUUUAUCGGAUCCUAUUUGGACUGUUCCAGAGAGAUGUUGCUGUUGGUGCUGGGUGCCCUCCUCCUGCUCUUCUGCACUCUGGAUGUAUGGUACUUCCUACGAGGGGCCCAGGUGUUCAUCGAGGCGUGGUUCCAACCCAGAGUACGGGACAUGCUGGCUGAGCAAACCAUUGAAGGGAUGGUCCUCCCCCAUGAUAUAGACUACAUGGGCCACAUGAACAACUCCCGAUAUCUAAGGGAGUGUGACUUUGCCCGCUUCCACCAUUACAUGCGAAACGGGCUGUUCAUGGCUUCACGUAAACUGGGGGCCAGAUUGGUGGUAGGCGCCUCCACCAUCCGGUACCGGCGCUCCCUGGCCUUCCGUGAGGCUUUUGAGAUUCGGACCAAAAUAGUGGGAUGGGAUGAGAAGGCGUUUUACGUGGAGCAGCGCUUUGUGUCCAAGAAAGAUGGUUUUGUCUCUGCGAUCAUGCUCUGCAGGCAGAACGUGGUGCACUGCAGCCCGGAAAGCAUUCUCGAGUUUGUCUGCAAAAGGAAGAUUGACUGCCCGGAAUUUCCUGAAGACCUCAAACACUGGAUCAGCUUCAUCUCUGCCAGCAGCCAGGCUCUGAGAGCAGAGAGUGGACUGGAAGAGAAAAACAAGUGAAGUCCCACACCAUGAAACCCUGGAUCAUGAGUGUAGGCCCAAAUAUCAUUUACAUUGCACGCACAUAUAGAGUAUACAUACAUGCACACAAGCAGUGAACAUCGUAGAGAGUUUUUAGUUGACUGAAAAGAUUCCAUUUAUCUCUGUUUUUGAGUUGAUCCUUUAUUUUUUUGCUUGAUGUGAACAGAAAUACUGAACAUACAUGUAUGAAAACUUGAACUAUAAGGUAUUCCACGUUUUAAAAUGCACUAUAUGCAUUGGGAUCAUAUUGAAAGUUCUCUCAGAAUAAAGUGACACAGCAAAGUAGCUUUAUCCUUGCAGCUUGUAGACUGGCUUUAGACAUUUUCAUUUUAGCAGAAUCCUCUGACUUCAGAUAAGCAUGUAGAGCAAAAGUAAAUCUUCCACUGACAUCAAUGCAUGUUUUAAAACAAACAGAAUAUUUUUUUUGUGCCUGUUUCUCUUGCUUAGCCAUAGUUUACAGCUACAAUUGCAGAGAAUUAUACCUUUUACAAAAAACUAAAAGCGUAGGAGUGAUGAAAUACUUGAAUGGACACCAUGUACUGUCAAUUGUUUUAAUCUUCCCAUCAGCAUUUUGCACAAAGUAACCCAGGUGAAUAGACAAACUGAAUUCCUGUUCACAAUCAGAAAGGGAAUAUUCGACUUUGAAGGAUCGUUUUGAUCAGUGCUGUAUUGUUCUUUUACAGACUGUAUAAAACAUGCAUUUAAAGGGUGGGCUUCUUGAUUGGAAUUGUGUGUAAUCUAAAAGAAAGUGCUCAAAUUCAAAUGAACGGGCAUGAUGAGCUAAUUUUAAUGUGAGGUUGCUGGCAACUUUUCAAAACCUGCAACGCAUGGGAAACACUGAUGUUGGACGAUGCUUGGCCUUUUGAAAUCUGAAACCUUCCCUUUAAUGCAUCAAAGCUUUAUUUGUGACCAAAGUAAUGUAUUGUUCUGUAUGAAGAGGAAACAAAAUCAAUUGUUAAAGAUGUAUGUCUAACCUGCUAUGUAUGUUGUUGAUACACUGAAAAUCCUGCUGGAUUUAUUCAAGUCUGAAUAUAUUCACUGUCCUUUUAUUUUCCACUUAUAUUAUUUAUCUAUUGAAAUUAGUUAAUGUACCAAACUUUAUUUAUUGUGUUUGUUAAUUAUUUAAAGGCAUUUUGAAUAA